GGCGAUGUGGGUGGUCGCUUUUCAGUCAAACAGUAAUGUGUUCAGGAAAUAACCAUGUGAAGUGUAAUGCUCCCAAGGAACGCGGCUAUGGGGAAUGCUCCACCACAUGUGUUAGUAGGAGUAUUGGUGCUUAUUACAGCUGUCAUUUUUCAAACGGCUGCCUCUGCCAUUACUCCUAACAAUAACACACUCGCUAAAGUAUCAGAGACUGAAAUCACUACUGAGAGUCUAGGAAAAGGAAAUUCUAAAGAUAGAGUUUCAGAAACAGAUCCUUUGAUACGAAGUAGUGAAUCCAAGGUAAAUUUGCAGCCAACGGAUACCCCGGAUGAUACAUUUGUUGUGAAUGAGUGGGCUUCCGUUGACCCUUUUUCAUUCUCACCUGAGGGAGCCUUUCCGGCAAGCUUUAAUGACAGUCAGAAUGUUGAUCCUUGUAGACAAACUGCUCGUUGUGAACCACUGGAAGAAACAACCUGUCUUGGAGUGCGUCUACCCUAUAGACACACCUCCUUAGAUCUGACGGGGCUCCCAAGCCAACAGGUUGCUAGGGAACACUUGGAGUUUUGGUCUCGCCUGCGCAAUAUCCCAAGAUGUUGGGCUGUGGUGCAACCUCUCCUUUGUGCUGUAUUUUUCCCACGGUGCGACAGAUCAUCAGUGCAAUUGCCUUCUCAGGAGAUGUGCGUAAUCACAAGAGGUCCUUGCCGUCUUGUGGAAGAAGAUUGGCCCCCUUAUUUAAGGUGCAAGGAAGAUUUUCCACAUAAGUGUAAGGAACAUUUGGAGUUUUGGUCUCGCCUGCGCAAUAUCCCAAGAUGUUGGGCUGUGGUGCAACCUCUCCUUUGUGCUGUAUUUUUCCCACGGUGCGACAGAUCAUCAGUGCAAUUGCCUUCUCAGGAGAUGUGCGUAAUCACAAGAGGUCCUUGCCGUCUUGUGGAAGAAGAUUGGCCCCCUUAUUUAAGGUGCAAGGAAGAUUUUCCACAUAAGUGUAAGAACAGCGCAAGGGAACUCCAAUUCAACACGACUGGCCAGUGUGUUCCACCACUCGUUGCUACAGAAGAGGAAUCUUCUUGGUAUGAGGGCGUUAAAGGAUGCGGCAUACAGUGUGCAAAUCCAAUCUUCACUCCACAGGAGCAUGAGGAUCUGCACCAGUUUGUUGCCACAAUUGGCGGGAUAUGUCUUGCUUGUGCUGCUCUGACAGUGCUAACGUAUUUGAUAGACUGGCGCGCAGCAAACAAAUAUCCCGUGCUAAUCAUCUUCUACAUCAACGGGUGUUUCUUGAUAGCCAGCAUAGGCUUUAUGGUCCAAUUCCACCCCGGGGUACGUCAGGACCUGACUUGCCGUUCAGAUGGCACUCUUCGACAAGCUGAGCCCAGUUCGGGUGGAAACCUGUCAUGUGUGGUUGUGUUUGUCUGCAUUUAUUACUUCAUGGUGGCAGGGGGAAUGUGGCUGAUUAUCUUGGCAUAUUCCUUGCACACUAGCUUCAAGUCUUAUGCAGCUGGUCUCUGUGGUGAAGAACUGGAGCGUCGUGCAGCAUACUUCCACCUCAUAGCCUGGUCUCUGCCUCUAGUCUUGACCAUCACCAUCAUGGCCCUGGCAGAGGUUGAGGCAGACUCCCUCGCAGGCAUCUGUUUCCUCUCCUCAGCAAUUCACAUUCGAAUAGGGUUCCUUCUGCUGCCUGUCAUUCUCAUUGUGAUCAUUGGAGGAUUCUUCUUGGGGAGAGGAAUGAUGAAGCUUAUAUAUCUGAAAAUGGAGUGCUGUACCAUUAUUAGUGACAAUGCCAACAGCAAGAUUGUGGAAACCAUCAUUAGACUAGCUAUUAUCACCAUUACACUUGUCACCUUCACUGCCAUCACUGUAUACUGCCACAUCUAUCAGUACAAGAAUCAGCACCUAUGGGAUGAUGCACUAAGAGAUUACAUCAUGUGUGUCUCCAACAUCACAGCAGAUGUUCAGGACAGCAGUAGAACCCCUUGUAAAAUAGCUGAACGUCCUAGCAUCAAUCUGUACAAGCUCCACUUAUUAGCUCUCUUCGGGGCAGGGAUUAUCAUGUCUUCAUGGUGCUGGACGCCCAACACCAUACAGGCAUGGAAACGUUUUUUCAGAAGAGUGGCAGGAGUACCAAGUGAAGAGCCUCUGCGCUUAGCAAAGCACAAGGUUAUAGCUCAAGCCUUUGCCAAACGCCAUGACUUAAAUAACAUGGGAAGGCUGUCCAUCAGUCUACACUCCAUGCAUGAUGAUCCUAUAGGAUUGAACUUUGAAAUGAACAGCAUGACCUCAGGUGACCUCUCCUCUGCUUGGGCUCAUGCCAUUCCUCACCUCAUGACCCGCCGAGGUGCACUGGUUGGCUCAACGGCUCUUGGUCUUCGCAGGAAUUCUGUUGAUUCAGAAUAUAGUGUCAGUCGAAGGUUCUCUCUUGAGUCAGGCUGCAAUAAUCGUAGUUCUCGUCGACACUCACUAGACUCGCAGAUGUCAUUCCACGUAUCUGAUGCCGAAAGGCUGGCAGCACUCCAUACUGCUGCCCGCUUUGGCCGUCGGAAGAGGCGGGACUGGUUCAGCCUGAAAAGGGGUCGCCGGAUGAAUGCGUGGGACAGGAGGGGAUCCAACACUUCAGAUGAUAGCAACCUUGGUUCUAUGAUUUUGCCAGCUGUCACCAUGAACCAGGACACCCUGUUCACCAACAUGAUGAAGCGUCUGAAUCUGAGCUCAGAUGACCCAACUCGUUCUGAGAGAAUAGUACCCUCAGCUCCUCCAGCCAAGUCUGUCAACUUGAAUGUGGUCCCUCUGCCAGGGCAGGCUCCUCUUGAGUCUGAGGAUGAUGUGGGGGCAGAGAACCAUGCCUAUGCUGACAAUGACUCUAUUACACACACUGUUCUCAACAAUGUCCUCAAGAGUGUUGAGCUGAAGAGGCAGGAGGAAAACUAUACAAGAGCAGCCACAGCACUUGAGGAGGGGCUGCUGAGCUCAGCCCAGGGGAGGGUCUGCAGCAGGAGGGGAUUCACGACUGAAAGCAGGGAGGCAAGAGGGGUCAGUAUUGGAGUCCAGGCAUCACUCAUUGGUAGUCCAGCUGUUACAAUGGUAGACAAGGGAGUCCAAGUCUCUUCUCCCCUCCUUAGCCGGGGGAGUCAGGCAUCACAGACUCAUGACUGGGAACUAAGCCCAACCCAUGCCUUCAAGCUACAGGACUCUGGUAAGAAGACCAUGGGCGAAACAAGCUUCAUGAUCCAGAGGAAACUACAAAACAAUGAGCGACCAGGAACUCCUGUCACCAAGCUGCCCAAGAAGCUGAAUGUCAGUAACGAUAAAUCUGCAGCAAAUAAGAAUAUAAAUAGCAGUCAUGGAUCUCACAAACGCAGUGCAAGUGCCAGGUCAGGGAACAUAAGUGCCAAGAGCAGAAGAAGUAGAGGUGAGAGUGCUGAUGUCAUGACCGUUUUAGAUAUGGAUGAGGAUAGUGAUUAAAAAGUAAACCUAUUUAUAUUCUUUGAUAUUUCACAAUAUUUAUUACUCAUAGCAAUAUGGUAUAAUAUUGUGCAGACAAUAUGAAAAACAUUUUGACUCUUCAAGGAACUU